AAUAACGAAAAUUCAUUAAAUAUUCUCUCGUUUUCUCCAUUGCAGGACCAAUAUGAAAAUAUAUCGUCACAGACGAAUAAAGGCAUAGAAUUUCUAGAAAAAUAUUGCAGUUUCAUACAGGAUCGUUUGGCGAUAGAAAAAGAAUAUGCCACCAAAUUGCGACGAUUAGCAAAAAACUACCAGCCCAAAAAGCGAGAGGAGGAGGACAACGAAUUUUCAUCCUGCCAAGCUUUUCGCAAUGUCUUAAAAGAAGUCAACGACUUAGCGGGUCAACGGGAAGUUGUAGCGGAAUCACUGGAGCAACGCAUCGUGCAAGGCAUACAGGUGCUCUCCAGAGCGUUACGAGAAGAGCGAAAGCGCUGUCUAAAUGAAGGCACAUCACUACAACAGACACUCACCGCACAAUUGGGCGCACUCGAUCGCGCCAAACGCAACUAUGAGAAAGCCUUCCGCGAGUCGGAAAAAGCUGUGGAGAAUCAUAAGAAGGCCGAUAUGGAUCUGAAUCUGAGUCGAGCCGAAGUGGAACGUUACAAGAAUAUAAUGACAUCGAAAAUACAACAAUCGGACGAUGCGAAAAAUGAAUAUGCCAAUCAAUUGCAGAAAACUAACAACUUACAGAGACAACAUUAUAGUGUGGCGUUGCCAACGGUCUUCAAUCGCCUACAAGAGCUGGAUGAGAAACGUACAGGUGGCAUACGUGAAUUCAUAAUCGGCACUGCCGAAGUGGAAUCAGCUGUGGCGCCCAUAAUUGCACGAUGUAUGGAGGGCAUCGUUAAGGCGGGCGAGUCAAUAAACGAAAAGGAGGACUCUUUCAAAGUUAUAGAAAGAUAUCAAUCGGGCUUUACACCGCCAACUGACAUACCGUUCGAUGAUUUGUCAAAACAAAAUCCUGAUUCACCAAUGGAUUCCCGUGUGCUUUCAAGUCAUUUUACCGUUAAGGGCACCAUUAGCAAAGGAGUUAAGCGACGCCCAGCGAUCUUUAGCUUCUUCGGCAGCAAUAAGCCACAGAAGAUUUAUGAAGCCUGUAUCACCAUGAAGAAUUCACUAACGGCGGACGGACAAAAGGAAGACUUCAGCGAUUUACCACCCAGUCAAAGGCGUAAAAAGCUCCAAGCUAAAAUUGCGGAACUACAACAUAAACUCAAUCAAGAGAUAGCCACACGUGAUGGUUUAAUGAAAAUGAAAAUGGUUUAUGAAUCGAAUUCAUCGUUGGGCAAUCCGAUGACAGUCGAAGGACAACUGAAUGAGUCCGAGCACAAAAUGGAAAAAUUGCGUAUGGAUUUGAAAAAGUUCCAGGGCUAUUUGGAGAGCGCGAAUCAAAUGCCGUUGGCCAGUAAUAGUCCGCAAGCGAGUCGUAAUCACAUACAAAACGGUCACCGAACAUCAAGACAUUCCAAUGGCAGUGCCGAAGAUCACAAUGAUGAUGGUGAAGAUCAUCCAGAUGAUGGUGGCAGCUUAAGCAGGUCAGGUUCUGAGGAUAAUGUGGCGCAAAUACAAAAUGGGCAUAAUAAUAACAAUAACGGCAGUUCGGCUAGUCCCGAAAGUGGAUUGGGUACAUCGCACACCUCACUGCCGGGUUCAGGACAGGGUAGUGCAAAUGAGAAUGCCAUCGGUGAAGAUGGUUAUGAUGAUACUGAAAUUGAAGUGCUGCAGCCAUUGGGUACAUGUCGAGCGCUCUAUCCCUUCGAAGCGACCAGCGAGGGCAGCAUACCAAUGAAUGAGGGCGAAGAACUGCAAGUCAUUGAAAUCGAUCAGGGCGAUGGCUGGACGCGUGUGCGUCGUGCUAAUGGCACCAAUGGCUGGGAUGAAGGAUUUGUGCCGACUAGUUAUAUUGAAUGUACACUGCCGUAUAUACAUUUGGUUGAAAGCAUGGCAUUCAUUUAUAAAAACAACAUUGUGGUUGAAAGUGCUGAGCCGAGUAGCAGUUCUUCAAGCACGCCGACAACUAUUGACUAUUACGAAAAAAAGCAACAACAAAACAGUAGUGUUGUUUAAUUAUCAUAAUUUAUAUAAAUGUAUGUAUGUAUGUGUGUGUGCGCCAUUCGACUACUAAUCUAUAUUAAUCCAGAUAUUAUUUACUGCCUUUCUUCAAGUGCAUUGAACUCGUUUGCCUGCCGCAAGCCUCUAACGAUUUUUGUAAACAAUUAAUUAAAAAAAGUAUUGUGAAUUGCUUUUCAUUUUAUGUAUUGAAAUUUUAGCACUGUUUCUAUAUACAUUUAUAAAGGAAUUCAAAAAUGAUGUAAGUGAUUUGCAGAGAUAGUUGUACAACUAUUUUAUUAUUGUAUGGAUGGAAAAGAGUGAAAAAUAUACAAAAAAUUAGAAAAAAAGUGCAGUAAAUGUACAAAAAAGUAGUUUUUUUUUCAAAUUUCACAAACACUAUUGAGUCAUUUAUAUAAAAAUAUUAAAUAUUACGCACAACAAAAACAAAACUAAUCCUCUUCCUCAAAACUAUUGCACUUACCAUACAAAAGCACACUAUUGAUACUCAUAUUUUCAUUAAAAAAAAAAAACAAAAACAAUAGCAAACAAAGUUCUAAAAAUUGCACCAGCGACACAAUCAUACAAAAAAAAA